CUUAGCGGCAGCUCUCAAAAGUCUACCUUGGGGUUCUUAAAACGCAACCGUACACCAUUUCACUGUGGACAUUACACCCUCUCACAGAUAUGGGAGACAUGGGAGACCCUCCAAAAAAAAAACGUCUGAUUUCCCUAUGUGUUGGUUGCGGCAAUCAAAUUCACGAUCAGUAUAUUCUGAGGGUUUCUCCGGAUUUGGAAUGGCAUGCGGCGUGUUUGAAGUGUGCAGAGUGUAAUCAGUAUUUGGACGAGACCUGUACGUGCUUUGUUAGGGAUGGCAAAACCUACUGUAAAAGAGAUUACAUCAGGUUAUACGGCAUCAAGUGCGCCAAGUGCAGCAUCGGCUUCAGCAAGAACGACUUCGUGAUGCGCGCCCGCUCCAAGGUCUAUCACAUCGAGUGCUUCCGCUGCGUGGCCUGCAGCCGCCAGCUCAUCCCGGGCGAUGAAUUCGCGCUGCGGGAGGACGGCCUCUUCUGCCGGGCGGAUCACGACGUGGUGGAGAGGGCCAGCCUGGGCGCGGGGGACCCGCUCAGCCCGCUGCACCCCGCCAGACCGCUGCAGAUGGCAGCAGAACCUAUCUCUGCCAGACAGCCAGCUCUCCGACCCCACGUUCACAAGCAGCCCGAGAAGACCACYCGAGUCCGGACUGUCCUUAACGAGAAGCAGCUUCACACCUUGAGGACCUGCUACGCCGCCAACCCCAGACCCGACGCCCUCAUGAAGGAGCAACUGGUAGAAAUGACUGGCCUCAGCCCGCGGGUCAUCAGGGUUUGGUUUCAAAACAAGCGAUGCAAGGACAAAAAAAGGAGCAUUAUGAUGAAGCAACUUCAGCAACAGCAGCCCAAUGACAAAACUAAUAUCCAAGGGAUGACAGGAACUCCGAUGGUGGCUGCUAGUCCUGAGAGACACGAUGGUGGUUUACAGGCGAACCCAGUGGAGGUGCAGAGUUACCAGCCGCCUUGGAAAGUACUGAGUGACUUCGCAUUGCAGAGUGACAUAGAUCAACCUGCUUUUCAGCAACUAGUUAAUUUUUCAGAAGGAGGACCUGGUUCCAAUUCCACUGGAAGUGAAGUAGCAUCAAUGUCCUCUCAGCUCCCAGAUACACCCAACAGCAUGGUAGCCAGUCCUAUUGAGGCAUGAGGAACAUUCAUUCAGAUUUCUGUUGUUGUUGUUUCUGCCCUUACCCUCACCCCUGUUGGAGAGAGUGGGAAAGUGAUCACGUUGGGACUCCAAAAUGUAGGGGGAAAAUUAUUUAACAACCCUGUAAUGAACCUAGCAAAGAACCGCUCCAUGAGAUGAACGGAGUCUUGUUUGAAAUGACAAGGUAAUAUGGUAGCAACACUGUGAAGACAAUCAUGAGAUCUUACUAGAAUAAAUAUAAAACAGAAGUCCACGCUAUUCAAUGAUCAGAGGAGGAUUGAAAAGACGAUUUCAAAACGUAGAGGAUUUGUACUCAUGGAUCUAAAAAAAAAGAAAGAAGGAAGGAAAAAAGAUAAAUUC